AUGAGAAAGGAAAGCUUGUGUGAGGGUAUUAGAAGAAUUGACAGUGAUGCUGAUUAUUGGGAGUUUGUGGAAACUAUUUAUAGUCUGGAGAGUGAUAGUCUUGAGAGUGAGCUAGAUGUGUACAUUGACUACCGAAAUGAACCAAUUCUUGAUUGGGUUGAUAACGAGUUCUUAGCAGAUGGUAAAGGGUAUGAGUCGGAUGAGUUGGAUGAAGAGGAUGACAAGGAUUCUGAAGUUUCAAUGACAAUGGAAUAUGAACAUGAAUGGGAUGAUGAAGAUGAACAUACUUUUGAUAAAACUGUUAGAGACCCAUUCUUGGACAAACUUUCAGGGCAUAUUAGUGAUGAUGAUGAAGAGGAAGCAAACAAUGGGAAGCUUAAGGAUGUUGUGUUCCAUGUCCAUAAUGAGAAUCAAGAAUGGAAGCAAAUGGUGCCAGUUUUAGGUAUGAAGUUUUCUAAUCCAUUGGAAUUGAAGUUGUGUAUCACCAACUAUGCAGUCAAAAAUGGAUAUGAUUUAUGGUAUGAGAAAAGUGAUCAUGAAAGGUUUUGGAAAGUAAUACCAUCUGGUUAUCAACAGUAUGAAGUCAGACUUGGGUAUGAUGCAUAUGUUGUGGAUAUUGGUAGCAGGACAUGUGCCUGCAGAACUUGGCAGUUAACACGUUACCCUUGUAUGCAUGGGUAUGCUUGCAUUGCAAGCCUCAACAUGGAUGUAGAGGAGUAUGUGUCACCAUGGUUUACCACAUCAAUGUACCUAAACUGUUACAGAUAUACCAUUAACCCACUAAAUGGUAGUAACAUGUGGCCUCAUGUAGACUACAUCAGCCCAUUGCCCCCUAAAAGGAGAAGGCUAUCAGGAAGACCAUCAACAAAAAGGAAAAAGGAUCAGAUUGAGAGGGAAAACCAAGGAAAAAAGCAUUCAAUCACAAAAAGAGAUAAAGUGAAGGUUAUAUUGGCACGUGAAGUUGAUAUUGACAGUAACAGUGAAGUUGAAAUAGAACCUAAAAGUGAUGUUGACUCUUUUGAUCUUGAAUUUGAAGAUGAUGUGCAACUUAAAGUUGAAGAUGGAGUAGAACCUGAAGUCCAAGAUGGAGUGCAACAUGAAGUUCAAGAUGAAGUGCAAGCUAAAGUUGAACCUGAAAAUCAUCCUGAAGUUCAUGAUGCUAACCAAGUUAAAGUUCACCCUGCAGUUCAAGCUGAAGUUGAACCUGAAGUGCAAGUUCAAGUUGAAGAUGCUAACCAAAUUGUAGUUCAAGAUCAAGUGGAAAUACCAGCUUUUCAAGUUGUAGUGAGAAAGAGGGCAAGGAAACCUUCAGAAAGAAUUACAAAACUGAAGAUAAGAAAGAUGUGGGAGGGAAAACAAGGAAGCAGUGAUGACAAUCCGUAUGAUUUGGAUUAA